AUGCUCGGCCAGGUAGAUGCGUCGCUGUGCUUCUCCUUCGUCCUGGCCCUUCUCUGGCAGCAAGGCCUUGCCGUGGAAGAGACAUUGUCCAGCAGACCGGUGCUGGAGCAAGUUUGGUGGCGAGCUAUCCUUGGCCUGAGAUGGACGAACCAGGUGCUGCCGUCACUAUUGGUCGUUCUGGCAGCACGCAGUGUCACCGCGGUGAUGUACGCUGGUUUCACUCUGGGGCUUCAUGCUGAGGGCGGAGGCUGGCUCGGCGACUCGCCUGGAUCUGGCGCAUGUGGCGCGGUCCAUUGUGCUGUGCUGAUAUGGCGUGCAGAGAAGGUGGAAACGCUGCUUCAGAGGAUGCAGCGAUCCACGAAUGUGGUGAAAGACGCGGGUCUCGGCCGCUGCAUCAAGAAUGGCUUCGCAGAGCCUUGGGACUGGCUGUGGCCUGGUCUUUGGGGUUCCUUUCGGCGCUUUGCGCUGGUCGCGGUCUCGUCAGUUGGCUACGGCUCAUUCGUGCGCGCUGCACUUCCAGCCGUGGUCUUUGAUGAAUGCUUGUGGUGGAUCGUAACCAAGAGCCAGGACGCAUUCGCGCGAAAGGUGUGCUCGCUGCCGCUGACAAUUGACCUGGUGAUCCUGCCCUUCAUUGACUUGCUUCACAUGGUCCCCGUAAUCACGAAGGUACUCCUGCUUGGGGUGUUGGAGUACCCUCAAAACACCGAGUAUCCUGCCCUGCUGAUACUCUGUGCCAUGGCCUGGACUGGACACAACUGCCACAUGGCUUACACACAACUCUUCGUGGAUCUGCCCGAGAACACGAGACAGCUUUGGGCAUCAGGUGCGACCUGA